AUGCAGGAAACAAAAGGAACAAUUUUUCAAUAUGACCAAACGGAAGAUGAAUGGCAAAACUACGCUGAAUUCGAACAUGAUGCAAACAGAUACGGCAUGGUUCUUAUGGAAGACAAUAUUAUUUUCAUUGGUGGUGUACGAGAUGACGAAAUAACUAGCGGUGUUAAAAGCUGGAGCUUAAAAACUAAAACGUGGAGGACAUUGCCUUCAAUGAUUCAGGUACGAAGGCGGCCAAGUGUUGUUCUAUUGAAUGGAAAUGUAUACGCAAUUGGUGGAAAAAUCCCAGAUGGAAAAUGUACAAAGUCUGUAGAAAAGUAUUCACCUGGCAGCAAAUGGAAAUUAGUUAGCAGUAUGAUUACACCACGAUGUCAGGCUGGUGCAGUGGCUUUGAAUGACAAAAUAUUUGUUAUGGGAGGCAUCAAUGAAAACAGUUUAAAAUCUGUUGAAUGUUACGAUCCAUCUUCGAAUACUUGGAAACAGUGCGGGGAUAUGAAUGAAGCUCAUAAUUUCCCUGGGGUCAUUUAG